AUGACCAACUUUAUUGAAGAAAUGAUCGAUAAAACUUGGGAGUAUGAAAAGGGAAGAGGGAGGAAGGAUCGCAAAUGGGGCUUUACAAUUUAUCGGACCUACUGCGGCGAGGAGUCUGACGAUGCCUGGCAAAUGCUUCUCUACUCUCUCAGACAACAAACCAAAUUGGCAUUCGGCGCCUUUGACCCUGACAACCACAAGGAAAUUGGGUUUGAAGAGGAGAUAAAACAAGACGACAUCCAACGACUGAAGGACUUGUUCAGUCUCGAUGUUCGUGAGGACCCUGCUCUGUUUGAUGGCUUCGAUAUUCCAAGGCUUCGCGAGUUCGCAAAGAAAGAAAAGGAAGACCGGACUCAAAUUAUCAAUGUGGGAGCCCAUCGACGAAAGGGCAUUUGGCCCAAGGGGGUUCGGGGAAUGGCGGAUUGGGUGUUUGACUAUGUUCUUCUCGCCGAUGAAUCAGUUCUAAAGGAUGUUGACAGAGGCGAAUUUAUCGUCAAAGCCGUUUCAGUACUGUGGAGAGAAGGACACACGCCAUGGGGCUGGAUGAGGAUUCCCACGGGCUACCUGGUCGAAUUGUGGCAUCACCUAAUCUUCCAUGAAGAUCGCACUGAAAAUGCCUUGAGUUUCGAUGGAGACGAGGAAGAGCUUGAAAAUCUCAUCUGGGCUGGUGACGGUGCCCUCUUUAGGACUGGACAGUACUCAGAGAUUCGUGAUGGAUGCUGGCACUAUGAUACUCAAGAUUUGAGAACUGAGUCGUGA